AUGAGUGGGCUGGAGCUUAUCGCACUCGUGCCGAUCGGCAUUGCUGGGUGGAAGCUUUUCCAAAAACUAGGAGACCAGCAGAAUCUCAUAGCGCAGCACGAGCUCACCAUCAACAGGCAGAAGGAGAUGCUGGAUUCCAUUGUGAACGCGGAUAGGGCUAGUCUGUUGAAGAGUCCGUUCCACCUUGCGGUGGCUGCCGGGACGCUAGUUUUGGCGGGGACGGUGACCUACAAAAGCUGGACACUCACCAAGUCGCCCACAAUUCGGCCGCCGCCCAACUAUGAACCCACGCAGUCUACCUUCGAUGCGGAGCAGUGCGUCAUCUGCUUAGAAAACUGCAAAGACACCGUCUUUCUGCCCUGCCGACACCUGUGCACAUGCUGGAGCUGCGCGAGUCGCAUUGGGAAUAAUUCCUGCCCAACGUGUCGAGCCCCACUCAAGGCUAUGCAGUUUGUCUACCAGCAAUGA